GUUUUUCAGCAAUGUGUUGUGAUUGUGAUUGAAUAACCAUCCCGUUUUCUUCUGCAUAUUAUCUAAAAUUUAGGAAGAUUGGGCCUGAGUUGAACAGUGUACAAUAUUUCCUACACCAUGAACCAAGCAGAAGUUGCGAAACUGAUGUCACAGCUAAAAAUUGCGGUUCGUCCGCGUCAUCGCAACCUCAAAAACAUCGAAGGCCCGGAAGGCCGGCUUGACAAACUUCGCAAAACGGUGACCGCUCUUAUCAAACACGAACGAAUCGAGCUGAACUAUCAACGAGCUGACGAGGCACGGGGUUAUGCGGAGCGGCUGAUAUCCGAUGCUAUUCGAUACGGGGACUGCCACAAGCCGACAAUGGAGAUGGCUGAUUUCUGGCUGCUGGAGAAACAAUUGGUGCACAAGUUGUAUAAAGUGCUAGCACCCCGAUUCCAGGAGUACAAAGUUUCCGCUACAAGGAUGUACAAAGCACCUAAGGAAUAUCCAGGAUGGUACCGGAAGCGGGCAGUGCUGGAGUUAAGGGGAAACCCCUACCCACCAUUGGUGCAGAACCUUAGCCAGAAUCGCAAUCUGCUUCACAAUGUGUUGCUGGACGAGGCGCGGAAGGAGUUUCGAAAAGAAAAAUAUGCAGAAAUUGCGGCCAAAAUUGGCGAAAAUAGUAAUGAAGUGAAUGAAGCGCAUGCGAGCAAAUAAUUAUGUCGAAUAAAUGGUCGUUAGAUGUUAAAACAUUAAA